UGCGGCAGCACCCGGGGCGGCGACCACACCGACCAGUGGCGGGGGGCUGGUGCAUGCGCACGCGCACGCCCUGUCGCCGCCCGGCACCACCACCACCGCUACCAGCGGGCCGGCCUCCUCGCUCAGCCACACGCUCAACAGUCUGAUCAACGCGGAGACGAUACCGCACCACCGGCUGCUCGGGCUCGAUCCGCAGGAAGCCUCCAUCCUGAACUUUCUGCGGGUGGACGCGGCCGAGAAGCAGCGGGACCGCCGGUUCGCCUGCCCGUUCUGCGGCAAGUGCGUCCGGUCGAAGGAAAACCUGAAGCUGCACGUCCGCAAGCACACCGGCGAGCGGCCGUUCGUCUGCCUGUUCUGUGGGCGCGCGUUCGGCGGCAAGUCCGACCUGACGCGCCACCUGCGCAUCCACACCGGCGAGCGGCCGUACCACUGCGAGGCGUGCGGCAAGUGCUUCGCCCGGGCCGACUACCUCUCCAAGCAUCUGACCACGCACGUCCACCAGCUGUCGCCGCGCCCGUGAGAGGAGGGCCGGCGGAGGCGCCCGCGCAUGUCGGUCCUCUGUCGGAAGUAAGCGAACUGAACUGGUGCAACGGGGUGGGGGAGAGUCGUGUGGAAGAGAGGGAGAGAGAGAGCGCGCAAGAGAGAGGCACCCUGUCCGAGAGGGUCCGUAGUUGAAUCUGUACCGAAACCUACCUACAAGAAGGCGUUGGAGGUGCGCGGCGCUCUUAGAGACGCCGCCAUAACUCCUUCGUUCGUGCAACGCAAAGCAAUACUACACUCAAACACACAAACACAGAAUACUACAGCGAGAGAGAGAGAAAGAGAGAGAGAGAAAGAGAAAGAGGAAGAGAUAAAUGGCCAUUGCAACCUACUAAACGCUAAAAAGCGAGCGAAAUAGAGACAGAGAGAACAAUGCGAAGCGUCCUCAGUAGCACAAAAUGGCCGCCCACGCUAGCGUCCCUCGGUGUUAGUGGUUGGAUAGACUGCAUCCAAAACAAAAAAAAACAAUUUUAAGACUAGCUGUGUACUUGUAAAUGCAACUUUCGUCUAUUAUCGUUGUUGUACGUGAACACUAAUACACAUAUAAUAUAAACAAGCACACACACACACACACAAACAAAUGAAACAAACAGUCACGCAUGGGUAGCACGCACCGGCAACCGGAGAGAAAGUUAGAUAGGAAGGGAGGAUGAGAGAGAGAGAGAGAGAGAUAGAGAGAAAUCGAGAGGGAGAGAGCAAGUUCAAUGUGGAACAAUUUUACCUCAGGCAACCAAAGCACAUUGAACAUUGCGCCCAUUGAACGCCCGGAGAAACGUUUAUUGCCGCACUGCAUUCCGUCCGCCAUCUUACUGCGGAGCACUUGCGACCAGGUACCAUUGACAAUUGAAACGAAACCAAAAACGCUACUAGUCUGGGAGUUUUCGUUCGUUUUUUGUUUUCUUCUUCCUGUUCCAUAUUCGAGGGAGAGUUGGGGAGUGCACUAUGUGGCAUAGGUCCGUUUUGUUGUGCAUGUUUUCUUACGCAACAGCCACCCGUUCCCCACACCACCAUCUCCUUCCCGAAACAACUCUAAAGCAAAACAGUCCGCAAUUAAUUAUCUGUGAUUUUACGGCAUAGCGAAACGAUGUAAACAAGCGAACCGAUGCUACUGUGCCGUGCAAAAGAGUGUUUGAUUUCGCCCGAUCGCUCACGAAUGGAUUCUAUGUGUGUAUCUAUAUGUGUGUUAUCGGUGUUAGGCUAGGCAAACGAAACCACUACUACAGUGGCCAAAGGCGAACUAAAACUAAAUGGCGUCCAUUGUGCAGAGAGUUACCAAAAUGAGAGAGAGGGGGAGACGGAAAGAGCAAGCGAGAGAGAGAAAGAGAGAGAGAGAGAUAGUCACAAUCACACAACUGAUACAACGCAAAACAGAAUGAUACAGAGAUAGUUUUCCGGUGUCCAGUUUUAACCUAGGUUUUUAACAGAUUUGUUUAGGAUUUACGAUUUACGAUUGCAAAGUCUGUAUAAGAUACAGGUCGAAGAACUGACAAACGAAAAUAAGUAGAGCAUGUCUUGGUUUGACAGUUACCUAGUCCAGUUUGUUUGUUUACAUUUUGUAGGGGUUGCUGCAACCAUUUUGUAACUACUGGAUAACUUAUCAACAGGAUCCUACAUCCUUUUGAAAACGAUGUUUGUUGGUUUGGUGAUACAGUGAAAUCACUCUAAGAUCAUUUUCCAUACAUUUUAUGUCUCUUAAAGAUGAUGAUCUCUCUAAGGUGAACAUUCUGUAAGGUGCAUCUGCGAUUUGGCAGCCGAAAUUCUCUAAGAUAUAUUUUUGCACAACAGUUCACAAAGAUAUUGGUCCAAGGAUGCCAGGUUUUUUCGGUAGUUUCUUGGAAACAUCAUAGCCUCAAAUUCAUUAGUUUUCCGCAACAUCAAUAUCUCUCUAAGUUGACGGUCCCUUGAAGAUUCGCCUUAGAGAGAUUUUACUGUGUUUCAAUCUUAAGUGUAGCCACUGAACUGCUACUCACAAUCCUGUAAUAUUUGGCAGAAUCAAGCGCAACCGAAACAGUUCCUUUUGGGCACAACACUUGUAUUUCGAUCGAAUUUCCGCUGGGAGAACAUGCUUCAUUAUAUUCAUAAUGCAAUUCAAUUCAAAUUAGCCGUCAAUUUAACCCACUAUUCACAUUGAGCCUCUGUUUGUGCGAAUAACAAUGAACGAGGCAACUGUCAAAUACAAGAACUUUGUAUUAACUCUUUGAACUAGCAAAAACAAAGCUUUGCAUCGACCUGGAACAUAAAUGGACUUCGGCAUUAUGGACAUGAAGUUUGACAGUUGGCAGUGUCUAGCUGAUAGGACUUGCAAUCACGUAAUAAACAACAAAGUAAACACACACACACACACUCACACAAUAAUAAUAUUUAACACAGUCGGCAGUCGCAGUAUGAUAAAUGGAUGCCAACGGAACCACACAGCAAAACAAACCAAAAACCCCAAUCGAUGAGUGUUGUGACGACACAAUCUGUGUGCACUCCCGUCCGUGUCUGCCAGUAGAAAAAAGAAAGAAAGAAAUCCUUGAGUCGCAACACAGGACGAAGGCCAGCAACUAAUCGAAAAACCAGAAACAACUGAAUGUGAUUAUUUUCUAUAUAUUCAACAGAAUUAAGCUAUUUAUACUUAUACAGCAACGAAGCGGAGCGUAAGAGACGAGAGAGAGAGAGAGAGAGAAAACAUAGCGAAAACAAAGAGAUUCAAUAGUGAUUUUACACGCAGAUAUCUAAGAAGAGCAAACAAAAUACAACAACCAAACCAACUCCAAGGAACAGCGUAACAACGUUGCGAACCAAAUGAAACAGAAAAUCCGUCACGACAGCUUGCAACGAACCCCCCAAAAGACGAAGAGGGCACACUGGAGGUUGGGUAGACGGAGGUGCAAGGAGGUUUGGGCCGCAGGUCGAGUUGAUCCCGUUGCACGACCAAAGAAGGGGAAAACACGCAACUCAUCGCAGGCGCAGGCACAACCGAUACCAGGAAGAUAUACACAGCAGCAGUUCUUGCAGCAGAAACUACAAAUGGAGUUGAAAUACUAAGGUUUUGGGUUACUUUUAUACAUUCUAUAUUUACAUGUAAACUUAAGCCAGAAACAAAAACGGGAAUUUUUUUCCAGCCAGUCGUACACAACUUAUUAAGGAAGCCGCCAGGAAGCGCCACCGUGCGCAACCACACUCACUCAGUAAACCGUUAGUACCGGAUGUUAGUAGAACCGGACAGGAUGCGCCUGGAACGUCGGACAUCCGGAUAGGCAAUAGUGUUACAACCGAUGCGAAGCACAAUGGUACUUGGUUUACCACGCGUUAUUGUUUACUACAGCUAGCUCCGCAAUCCCCACCAACAAACUAACAAACCGAAACCUACGUAACGAAAAUACGCGUCCCCUCCCUUGAAACGAAUACUACUUAAGGCUAUACAUAUACAAGGUUUUUUUGUUCAUACAUAAAGUACUAAGUACAAGAUUACAUGGCACGGGACGAGAUGGAAAAUAUAGGAAACGGUAGUAGAGAACGGAAAAAUGGAAUAGCACAACGAGGAACACAGUAGAACGCCGUGGUCGUUCGGGUUCAGUUCAGCGACUGCCCAACAGAGAGUUUUUUAACACAGAGAGAUUUUAUUUUUAUUCCCAUACAAGACGAGUAAGGCACAAGAACACUCAUCCACACGCACACAAGCACUCACACACGCACUCAAGUACACAAAAGUGUGCUAGUUAUUUGUGGCAAACGAUACGAGAAAGAUCGAGUGAGAGAGAGAGAGCAAGAAAGAGAGAGAGAGAGAGAGAGAGAAAGAAAGAAAGAGAGGACUGAAAGCUGUACUCAUUGCCCAUGGCAGGCCUACUAGAAAAGGGAAACCCUACAAUCUUUUAGUAACGCUGCAGUAACGCGCCACUCUCUCGUUACUCUCAAACGACGCCAACAAGAUGGCGGCACUGCUCGGCCGUAGUUCAGCGAACGGUAAACGCCGUUGUGGCUGUGCAGCGGCCCAUAUGCUAGCAAACGCGAAGGUCGAAUGGACGAAUGAGGAGGGGAAAGAUACAAUUUCACUGUGCCAAAUUAAAUGUACCUCAGAGUAACAUCAGACAAAUGUAGUAAGCAGCGUACGAAAACACAAACAAACACACACACCCACACACCCAAACGCACACCUGAUAGGUGGCAGGAGGGUACUAGGUGUACACUAGGUACGGUGACUGAACAGGCACUGAACGUCAACACCAUGGGAGCAGAGCGUCAGAUAAGCACACACAACCCUAGCAACGCUUCCAACAAUUCAAAACACACUCAACACACACAUGCUAGGUCGAAUAUUACUAAGUAACGAACAGUAUAUACAUUUGGUGUCGUUUUAAUUUCACGAGCAGUAACGCUCUACCAAAAAAAAAGAAAAUAGAAUCUACUACUAUUACUACUACUAAUACUACUUACAUGUAAGAAAAUGCAAAAUUAAUUACCAUAUAGAUGUCGCGCGGUUGUUGUUUACUUUUAUUUCUGCCAUUACCAUACCAAAAAGAGAAGAAAAAACAACAACAACAACAUGCCCGUUGCAUGUUGCAAAGAAGGGAAGGAACCAGGAGAUAAAAACGUGCAGUAAGAAGAAUACAGCCUGCUAGUAGGGGAGAUGUUGCCACCCCACUACUAAUUAGAUUGAUGUCUGUAAUAGUUGAGUAGUUUAAAGUUUAAACCCUGUAAAUAAAAGCUGAAGCGAACCUGGAGAGGGGAAGGG